AUGUUCUCCUUCAACUACUUCAUGGCAAUCACGACAACCGCCGGCUCUCCUCUCGAUCCUCCUCGCACCUUUCCUCCGGCCCAGCCCCUACCCCUCAUCGGUCCGCUCCUCCUGCAACUUGCAACAUCUCAUUCGCUGCCGCGUGUCCGUGAAGCCGAACAUGGCAGGCGUCGGAUAGUGAGGGAGAUUCAGGCGGCGCAAACGAAAGGACGGGAACGACAGCGAGUCGAGCCGCCGCCUACCGAGACCGACGGCCGCAGCGGGCGGUAUGCACGGAGCUGCAAGAAGUGCCCGUCGACACCGAGCGGAGGACGACCACCAAAGCCUGAGCGAACCCAUCACUGCUCAGUUUGCCAGACCUGCAUCCUCAAGUUCGACCAUCACUGCCCCUGGAUCAAGGGUUGCGUUGGCUUGCACAACGAGCGCUACUUCGUGCUCUUCCUGUGCUACUUCUCCGUCGCCUGCUUGACAGCAGCAGCUUUGGGCUUCGGGAUUGCCAAGCGCUGCUUUCAGAUGUCCUUCACCAUGAACGCAGAAUGGAACCACCGCUCUCCUCGCCUCCUUGUGCUGCUGAUGGAGGUUCUCGCCUGUGUCAUGGGGCUAGCCGUUUCGUUCAUGUGCGCAAGUCAACUUCUCCUUGUCGCUCGCAACCAGACGAACGUCGAAGCCAAUGACAAUGACUGGUACCGCAAGGUCGCCAUCUCUCGCGGCCGGACGUUCCGCAACCCGUACGACCUUGGCUGGCGACAGAACUUUCGCGAGUUCUUCAACGUUGGACCUGCAAAUGAGGGACGAUAUCCUUGGGUCACCCUCUUCCUCCCUGUCGCCAUCCCGCCCGCGAGCGACGGCUGGACGUGGCGGAAACGGAAGAACUGGCGCGAGUAUGCGAUGGAGUUCGAGGACGAGCUGACGGACGAGGAGGAGGCGAGCGAGGGCGAAGAGUUCUGA